AUGGUGGUUGGUUCUGCCUGCGAAGCGUACGCUCGUCGGCGUCAGUGGCUUUGCCCCCCCCGCCCCCCCCCACCGCAGCAGCAGCAGCAGCAGCAGCAGCAGCGGCAGCAGCAGCAGCAGCAGCAGCAGGAUUAUAAUCUCGGAAUAGAAGCAGCAGAGCUUGAGCUGCUGCUGCGUGUUGCUUACCACCGCUGCUGCAUGCAGCCGGGAGAAGCUGUGGGGGUUAUUGCUGCUCAGUCUAUUGGCGAACCCGCAACACAGAUGACUCUCAACACUUUCCACCUUGCUGGUCACGGUGCAGCGAACGUAACGAUGGGGAUUCCGCGUUUACGAGAAUUGUUGCAGUUGGGGGGGGUUGGGGGGCACGGAGAAAGGGGUGGACACCGCGGGGCUGGCGACGCAGCAAUAGAGGGAGAAGCAGCAGCAGCAGCAGCAGCAGCAGCAGCAGCAGCAGCAGGGGGGGGAGGGGGAGGAGCAGCAGCAGCAAAUAGAAUGCAUGCAGCAGCAGAAGAAACAAAAGAUAUUGAGGAGACAGAUUACGAAGAUAGAAAAAAUAAAAAAAAAAAAAAACAAGAGGAUGAUGAAGAGAUGUCUGGUGAAUCCGAAGACAGCGAAACAGAAGAAGAAGAAGAAGACGAAGAAGAGCAGCAGCAGCAGCAGCAGCAGCAGCAGCAGAGUGAUGAGGAUGAUGGGGGUGAUCGCAGCAGCAACCGCAGCAGCAACAGCAGCAGCAGCAGCAGCAGCAGCAGCAGCAGCAGCGAUGAUGAUGAUGAUAGUAUAAAAAAAGAAAAAAUAAAAAAAAAAAUAAAAAGAGAACAAACAGAAGACGAAGAAGAAGAAGAAAAACACAGAUAUAAACGUAUAAAACAAGAGCAGCAGCAGCAGCAGCAGCAGCAGCAGCAGCAGCAGCAGCAGGAAAAGGCUGCUGCAAUCCUUAAUGAUAUAAAAAUAUGCAGAAAGACGUGGAGGGUUGUUGUUAGGUUUGGUUGGCCAGUUGACAAAUGCCCCUAG